CAUGGAUCAGCUCAACACAUCAUUUAUUUGUGUUAACGACAAUCGUCAAACACUAGCCGCAGAAUGUUGGCAGCAGUUCAGCGCCGUCAGUAGCUCUGACCACGCAAAACCAAACAACAAAUGAAAGACGCAAAGCGCGAACGCAGAAAAAAGCUAUCGUGUCCUAAAACGAGGGUCUGCGUCAUGCCAGCAGUGCCCAGAAAUUCUCACUUACGGCUAUAUCAGCUUCAUCUUCAGUUUCUUCCCAACCAGAGGAGCCAUCCGAAAAUCGCAUGCGCAUGAGGAGCAGCAAUCAAAAUGCUGAAAUCUUUGGCUCUGCCUCGCUACUUCAAGAAAAACAAUUAUAAUAUAUUAACGCCACAAUUAGCGCCAGGCUUGGAACGAUCCACAUCAUCGACUACUUCGAAAAGAUCUACAUCCUCUACUAGAGCAUCCUCGCGAUGGUUCCGAGCACGGUUACAAUGUUCACCGUUAGCCCGCUGGCAUCGAAGGCGGAAAGGUUUUGCGAUGUUACCGGACAUCACAGCAGCCUCUUUACUGGUCCUCGGAUUGCUUAUCUGCGGAUUGAGUAUUCCGUUUUGCCAAGGAACAGCCGUCCCAGUACCAGCGGCCAAAUCCAAAGGAACAAUUUCAACCUACGGAACACGAACAAGUCUCACGAGAAUCGGGGUUGCCGAUACAGCAAAAAUCGCCAACCUCACACGACAGCACGGCGGUGAUCUGUUUUAUGCAUUUGAAAAUGAUAAAUGUGAUACAGAUACGUGCAUUGGAUUAUCAAGUGGAACGGCAAAUCUAUCAAAAGGCCCUAUACACAAUGUGCAGAACAGCGUCAAAGAAAUAGACAUGUUGUCCGACUUGGAAUCCGAAUGUAAGUGCCAGUGUCUUUCCCAUCUGGCCACUUAUCGGGAAGAUCUGGGUAUCUGCGUCGACGACGUAAGAGAAUGCACCCUCGCACCGUUUGUCAGUGGAUCAACAUCGGAGAAAAUUCCAUUCGUAUUCCUACCGCACCGUGGUCAAAUUGUCUACCCAAGCAAGGAGAUCGGCUUUCCGGGUGUGAAAAUGCCUAUGUGUGCCGUCUCCGGAUCGCAAUAUCUGACACACGCCGGGUGGGCCGAACUGAGGAAUCCAAUCGACACCGAUGUGCCAUUUCGGUUAUUUCGCGAUGAGGGUCGCAUCUACUUGCAGUGGCUCGGAGAACCAGAUCUACGACAGCGAAUGCAAGGUCGUCUUGUUUUGGUGCAUCUCAUGUGUCGGGAUAUGACGCCACGAUUGGUACUGAAGGAUGGCAGGACCCGUACAGUUGAUGAUAUGACUCCGAACCAGAACAUAUUUACUCCCUGUGUAGCAUUUCGCGUGGUUGGAACUCCAAUCAAGCAUUUCAACAACGUCACCGAGGUCAGUUUCUCGUCGGAGACACACAUUGAUAGCCAAUCGGGACUGAGCACGAAGGAGUACAUCGUCAUAGCGAUCUGCAGUCUUUGCUUGGGACUAAUCUAUAUCGCUUCAGUUUUCCUAUACAUUCACAUGAAAAAACGGAAAAGGGGCUCCGGAGAUGACGACGAUGCCAAUACGAUUAAGAAUGAAUACUCAUCCUAUCAGCAGAACGAUCAAGUUACGUUCGGAGUCGGAUUGAGCUCGCAGGUUAAUCCAUUCGCUAAUCAACCUCACAACAAUUUCAUAGGACGGGGUGGGAGUCAGAGACAAAGUAGUACCACCGCUCACCGGAGUAUCACGUCGGCGCUGAAUGUCGGACUUCAUGCCGAAGAGAUGGGGAUUGUGAAGAACAAUCCUCUGUUGAAGCAUUUUCCAAAUCUUAGUGACAAUUCGGGUUUCAUUAGCGACAACUCCAAUUCGGUGUCGGAGUUCGAAGACGAACGGACGAUCGACACCGAGAAGAUGCAGACUAAAGCCAAUAUACAUCAGUCAAAAAACUACUUAGGGCAUACCGACAUGGAUGGAGGAUUUCUCCAUCCGCAACAGUCGCUGCACAGUCAUCAACAGCAGAUGUCACAGCAGAAUCCCGAUGGAUACAGCAAUCCGAAUGGCCAGGAUACCGAGUGUUUGCCAGAGGAAAAUGUGUCCAUUGUAGAAGAUAUCAGCAACGACGAAAAGCUCGAAAGUAUGAAGUCUAUCGUCAACGGAACUAUGCGCCGGAAGUUGUACUUUAACCCUGCUUAUUUUGAGCCACAUCUUUUGGUGUCACCGCCGCCGGCAGCAAUCGAAUUUUUGAACAAAAUACGUGAAGUAAUCACCAUUGCCAAGUACAAAAUGUCAGCCAAACGGUUUCAACCAUCCUUGAACAUAAUUCCCGAGGAAUUGCAACAGACUCAAGGAUCGGAAACCUACGCUGUCGCUCAGACGGCCCCUCCCAGUCGCCGCAGCUCUCUUAUAAGCUCUCGAAGGGACAGCUCUAAGAAAAGUAUAUGUUCAGGUUGCCCGGGGUGUGAGAAAAAGGGCAACUCAGACGUCGCAGUUCCUUCGAGCAAUUGUAAAAACUGCGGUGACAAACAAAACAGUAUCCGAAAGUGGCUCGAAGACGUUUCAACAAACCACGGAGAAGUCAUUAGCGAUGUUGACAUGUACGAUGGUAGUAAACCCAGUAAUAAUUCAUCAGAAAACACCGAAUCUCUAAGGUCACUGGAUGAACGUUCAACUUGCGAAUCGCUUCCGAUAAACCCUGAGAUAAAGAAACAGCCUAAAUCCUUACGAUCUCGUCAAAAUAGCGUUCAUAGCGAUAGCUCCUCUGCUUCCGAUAAUGAAACAAUUGUAGCCAAUAGCGUAAAAGAACGAUCUUCAGUUGCACGUGUUCCCUCCCGAAGUAAAUCAAUUCGAUCGGACACAAGUUCGGCCCCCAAGAUAGUUUCACACAGUUUGAAGUCUGACGUAGUCAAAAUGGCCAAAUUUGGACCAGACGAUGGCUCGAUUAUGAAGAAUAAUAAUUUCGUAUACGACCAUAAUCCUAUUGAAGGUCACUCAAAAGCAAAUCAAGACAUCUACAUGAGGAAUACAAACAAUUCUCUGGUAAACUUGGAUUCAAACAAAAUCUACGACAAACGCGAUCUAUACAAUUUGACUGGAAGCGAGCUAUUCAACAACCCCCAGUUUGAAUCCUCUCCCAAAAUGCAACAUCGUCUAAUUAAUCCCAGUCAGCAUCAUCACCACCAUCAUCAACAGGGAAGAAGACGUACAAAUUCAAAUAGCCGUCCAAGUCCAUUGGGAAAACGGCAGAUUGAGGUACUUGAUCAGUUCGCAACCGGCGGCAAGAUGAGGAAUCUGAAUCACAUGCCCGACAUGGUCUACGAGGCAUUGGCAAUGGAUCAACGAAAAAACUCAUGGAGAGGUCGCGGUGAACCAGUCCCCAUCAAUGAAUAUAUGCACGAUUCGGACAGUCGGUUCAGUAGUAUCGAUCGCACUGAAAAGUACCGAAACGAGAAGUUCUUUCAUGACUUCAUCAACUCAGACGAUAACAAUACCCUCGGAAACCGAUCCGGAAAGAACUCGUUUAACAAAUACCAACCGGAUUCGCCAAUAUAUUCCCGAAAGUCACCACAUUACUUAAUAGUUGAUUAUGAAACAGACAGCUUGGAACGAGUGACUACCAAAACGCAAAUAAGUUUCAAUACAUCGACAACGAAUAGCAGUGAUAUGAGCUCACAACCAUCACCAUCUCAUAGCACGGCACUUCCGUUGGAAGAAGAGGUUGAAAUACGUAACGCCAUUUACGACCGGGUGGAGGGGUUUAGGAAAGAUACUGAUACUAUUCCAAAGGAGCGCGAGAGUAUCAGUAUAGAAGUAGAUGAAUUCGAGGACCUUCCGAUGAACUCACUGGCCGAAACAGUCAUUCAGGUGCCGACGAAGAAGGGUCCUAAGAUCAAAUGUGACACGCCCUUUCAGGGCAGCAUAACGAUUGAGGUUGAGCACAGCCCGGACGAUUGUGAACUAUCUACGGAUAGCGAUCAGUUUGAACCGGACACGUUGGAUCGUAAGCCAAAAAAGCACAGCAACAUCGUCGGACGACACAGAAGCAACGUCUGGGCACAAGACCGAUUGAGUACAAAGGAAACGAACCUCACUUCCCUACCUGCCGAUUUGAACAAUCACUUUGUUUUAAAAAACUCCCAAUCUUUCCGGGAGACUACAUUUGGCAGUCUCCGGGAAAUCUACGAGUCAAAGAAUUUAAAAAACGUUAAUCUUAACCAGAUGCGAAGUUUGGAAGAAUUUGAGAUGACCUCGGGGCGGUUAUUGACUUUAGAGCUCAGGCAUUCUAAAAGGCAACGAGCGACUGAUCAAACCGUGGUAGCUCCCAAGCUAAUGCCACCGGAUUUGAUACCUCCGGAAGUAUCGAUUCCACGCAAUCACUACGAUCAGCCCCGCCAGCAGCUGAAGAAAGUCGAAGACUACGGAAUUUCGCCUAAGAACCUGGCCUGCUGGAAUAAUGAUAAAUUCACGAAGCAACCAAAUGGUCCAGCCCCGAAACCUUCGCUUUGCAACCUGGAAAACUAUGAAUCAACAAACAGUCUUACGGCGGACAGUGACUCCACGCAAUUUACAGGUGUUUCUGAAAAUGAUCACAACGCAUCUAAGAGACCGAAAAAAAUCGCCAACUACAGCCAGGUGAACAAACCAAGUCGAUCACAAUCGUUGGAAAAAGACGGUUUCAGAUUGGAUCGUGAACAAGAGGUUGGCGUCGUGAAGAACUACAUGACGUUAGGAGAGUUGAAUGAGAAAAACUUCUUAGAGCAAGUUGAAAAUAAUAUCUAUGAUGUGAAUGCAAAAUCGCAGGAUAUGAAUAGGGCCAAAUUCAUCGAAGACAUCGAUAAGAUUGAGGUACUAUCGACUAAGACGCUGUCGAAUUAUGAUUUUCCAGUUCGGAAAGGAAGCCCAAGCAUAAAUUCGAAAGAAGUAAAUAGUGAUAAGGCUCCAUUUGAAGUUAAUCCGAUUACAACCACGAAAGUCUUCAGAGUAGAAAUCAGCCAAGCCACGAAUGGAAUGCAAAUAGCUAUGGGACUUCGCGAUCGAGUGAAAAAAUCGAAGGACAUCAAGAAUGCUUGGAAGAAAUUCAUCGGGAUUGCGACUUCGAAAUUCAAUGGAAAAUCCACUGACGGUAAGAAUGAUUCGGAUCUGGAGAAAAAUUCUGAUUCUUCCGAUAUUCUCGAUAAGGACGAAGGAAUAUCAUCACUGAUUGAUGAUGCAAGUGCGGCUUAUGAUAGUGCCGAAAAAGCAUAUCAUCAUAAUCACCGACAUCACCACCAUUAUAAACCGUCAAGCUCAAGUGCCCCAGCACCCAGCAAUAGACAGAUGACGGUCAUUCGAAGUCAUUCUCGUUCUAGUGUUAAAGAUGACAGUGGCUACAUCAGUGCAGAUUCGAGCGAAUCUCGUUUGAACAGGAAGUUGUACGAACGGUUCAAUUUCACUGCCAAAUCGAUUGACUCGUCAGAUUCCAUUCAAGAAGAAAAUAAGUACGAAAUAUGUGCAAUUCCCGAACAUUCCGUAAGCACGGUUAAGAGUAAUACCUCAUCUUCCUCGAAUGGCAGUCGUCGUUCGGAUAAGCAACUAACUCGUCCUAAAGCACCGCCUCCACCAUUACCCCCGCCUAAUCCACCUCCGCCACCUCCGACCACCACGAUUCCUACCAAGAAGCAACCUUCACCCUCACGGAUAAUAGAAAAACCGCAAACAAAACCUCCACCCCCACCAUCACAUCCUGCGCCUAAAAUACCCCAGCCGGAGGAGAACUUCCUCUUUAACACGGCAGACGCAAUCAGCGUUCGAGUGUACUCAUCGGAUGAUGAGAAUUUCGCCAGCAGCGAGAAUGCCUCGUGUAUUUCGGAGAACAACGACGACGAUGACGAUGGUACAAGCUGCGGCACGGACGAUAUCUGCGAAUCGGGAGCGGAGAGUGUCGAAACGCAUUCGGUAUUUUUCAAAAACAUUAGACCUAGACGGAACGAACCGUGCAAUGUGGCCGCUUUGGCCCACUAAAGUGUAUAAGAUUGAUGAAGAGAAAGUGCAAUUUUAUUAGUAAAAUUAAAACAGUUGUGCAAUAGCAACCGUACGUAGAGAUUUAAGACUUCGAACGAUAUUAUGAUGUACAUUUUACGAAGAAAAGAAUAUUGAGUUAUGGUACCUCUGAAUACUUUAGACGAAUUAACGAAGCAGAAUCUGCCUACAGAUCUGAAUAUCAAUAUGUAUUACAUGCUAGGUUAAUAUAGAAGUAAGUUUUAUUAGACUGUUCAGACAUGUUGUGCAAUUUUAUUGUUUUGUUGAGCUUUACCUACAUAAUUGUGCAAUUUUUCUACAAUUUAAAUGUAAGUAAGGGAUACUCGAUGAUGAAUGGCGAAAAAGAGUGAAUGAGCGAGUCCUACU